ACAUUACAAACCGUUUGUCCACCGCCGUCGUCACCGGACCGUCACCGAGAACGAGAUUAUUUCGGGCCGAGUUUAAUAUGACGUAACGGCGAUCGUUUGUCCACCGCGACCGAUUAUAAUAAUAAUUGUGCUAAUAAUAUAUGCUGUGCUAAUAAAAAUGCCGUCGCACAGUACACGUACUGUGCGACGGCGACGGGACGGCGAUGGCAGUGUGACAAGUUCAUACGUGUUUUUCAUUGACGGCACAUUGGCCCGUCAAAAUCUCGGGCCACGUUCUAGCGGUUACGCCGAUCAAUUCGUAAUUUCGGCGGUCGAGAUGACGGCCCACGAGUGACGGAUGUGCGGUGGACACGCAGCUAAGUAAAAUGUACCUAUGUACCGCUACUUCGGCGCCAUCAUCUCGUUCUCGGUGACGGCGGCGGUGGACAAACUAACUUAGUAAUGUUAUGUGGUGUGGCGUGUAGGGGUGGUAGCGAUGUAUUUUAAAACUAACUCGUAUUCGAAAUAAAAUGGCUAGUGAAGACGUGAUCGAGUUAGUAUCGUCGGAUGAUGAAGUUGAACCAGCUCCUAAAAGGAAAAAGACCAUUCCAAAUGCCAUGGUUCAAAUUCCGACAAACUUACAUGGUGUUACUAUAAAACCUACCACAUCAAAAUGUGCAGGGGCCCCUAAACAUGUCAAGAUACUUCCUAAAAUUCAAGAUGUUACUGUUACCAAAGUCUCAAAGCUUGUGAAUCCUCUAUCAAAAGUGAAUAAAUUGAAUGGCAAAACUAUUCUUAAACCCAUUGCUCCGAGAGUAUUAAAUAUACCAGACUUAAAGCUCAAUUCAAAUGUACCACUCAACACACAAGGAAUAAAUCCAAUAAAUUUAUUCAAGAAAAUUAAUUCUCAGGUGGCAAUUCAUAAGGUUCCUUCUAAAAAGGUUUCACAACCUCUUAUAAGAAUAAAUAGUCCCAAUUCAAUUAAUAAUUUGCCUCACAUCACUGUUAAAAGAGGUCUAAGUGGAAUAAGGCCAAAUUUUCCUAUAAAACCUGUUAAGUCUAUGAGGCAUGUAGUCCAAAUGAAAUACUUAAAUAUGCAGAAUGCAAAUAAGAAAAAUAUAAGAUCAAAUGUAAAAGUGACAAAUGAAGUAUUGACAGUAGACUUGGAUGAUGAUGACACUGAUGCAUCUACUUCAAGUCCACAGUGGUACAUGAGACCAGAGGAUGAAAAUAAACCAUCUCAGCAAGAAGAAAACAGUAAGGAACCAGAUCAGACAAAGUUUGUAGAAAUAACUAUUGAAGACAGUCCUGUCAAGACUAAACCAGUCAAAAAAGUGGAAGACUUAGCAGUAACUAUUGAGGAUAGUCCUGUUAAAGUUUUAGUGGAGACUACUGCGAAUAAAAGUGAUGGAGAAGAUGGAGCUAAAACAUGCAAAACACCUCAAAGUAAAAAAAAGUUGGCGUAUCCUAAGGAGCCUGAUGAAAAUAAAGUUAUUGAAAUAGAAAUAGAACCAAUGGUUGCUAAUAUUGAAGCAGCUAUUGAUGAAGUCUCACAGGCCAAGACCUCACAAGUUAGCACAUCACAGGCCAAUACAUCACAAGCCAUUGCCUCGCAAGCCAACACUUCACAGGCCAAGUCUAAAGAAACAGAAGUACUUAUAUCUCCUAAUAUUAUUGUAGAAAUAGAGGAGUCACCAUUAAAAGAAGCAGAUAUGCAAUUAACAAGCACACCAAAGAAGAAUCAAAAUAGACCACCAGUGAAAUUUCCAGAAGUUGAAAUUUGUGAGAAGAGUACUGACAAUUGUGAAUUUCACCCUGUGUAUGAAAACUUUAUAAAAACAUGCUUUGUGUUAGAAAACUCUGAAGACAUGCACAAAAUUGUGGAGAAAAAAGUGAAAAUGUAUUAUAGACAAGUCCCAAAAUAUUACACAGAAUCUGAACAAUUUAUAGAUAUGGUCUCAAGUAAAAUAAUUGCAAUGAAAGCUAGCCCAGAUAAAAUGUACUUGUUUAUAAAAGAUAUUGUUGACGAAUUGAACUUACAGAGAAAAAUGGCAAAAACACAGCCUGUAAAAUCUGAUAAAGAGAAAGUUGCAGCUGAAGAUGCUGAGAAUUUCUUAUAUGGCGAAAAUAGUGAAUUUGAUUCCAAAAGACAAAGGCAAAUACGCAAACUAGAAAAGACUCUGAAAAAACUGCACAGAGCUAUACAAAAGUUGGAAGAACAGGAAGUAGACUUUGAUGAUGAAGAAGAUUCAGUAUAUUUAUUAACAGAGAGAUACAAAGAAAGAAUGAUGAGAGUCCAUGCCAAGUUUUGCCAAUUGACAAAUACAAAAAUGCCUUCGGAACCUAAAGUUCAUCUAGACCCUCGACCAGGACAUCCGGUGGGUCCGGCCAAAAAGUUAGAGAAAUGGAUCAAUAAAAAGGUUCCUAUUGGAACUCCACUGCCUUUCCCAGACUUCCAUGAUGUCUUACGAUGUGUAAAGGAAGCUAAUGAGGAGGAUAAACUGGGAUGGAAUGAUGUGGAUAUUAUGGAAGAAGCUCGAGACCUAUUUAUAAGAUGUGGCAAAAAACUCCAGAGGCGCCGACAAGAGAAUGAAUGGAGAACAGCUGCAUCCAGAAUAUCUCUGGAUGAAGAUCCUGCAGACAAAAAUGAGGAACUUAAAAAGAAACUAGUGCUAAAUAAACAAUUAGCAGCUAAAAAGGAACUUGAAGUAUUUAAUAAAUUUGCUGAAAAGCAGAGUCAAUUAAAACUAGAGGCUGAAGAGAUUGGAGAUAAAGAAGCUGAAGAAUCUCCAGUUGAAAGUGAAGAAGAAGAAGAAACGAUUGAUGAAGAAUCUUUAGAGAAUAAAGAUAAAAGAAAAGAGAGACUGAAAAGGCUGCUUCAAGAAAAGUCGCAUAAAAAGAGUACUGACGAAAAAGAAAAUGAACCGACUGAAACAUCUAUCAAUAUUCUAACAGACGAAGAUAUAAAAGAGCCAACUACCACCAAGGAUGAUGAAAUGAAAUCAGUAGAAGACAAAAACGAUAAAGAAAUUCAAGAUGAUAAAAUAGAAGGAAAUACUCCCGAUGUCGUAAAAAAUAUUACUGAUGAACCAAACACCAACGAUGAGGAGGCUAAUAAUGUUGAGUCUGACGUAGACGAGUUACAUUUAUUGCAAAAAUUGUAUUCUGAAAAUGACGUUAACACAUCGACUGUGGAUUCUUCAGACUCUGAAGCUCCAAUUUCUAUUUCAGAUACAUUAGAUUCCAAGAGCAGUGAUGAGAAAAGCGUCAUAAGUAUUGAAAACUCGAGUUAUUCUGAAACAGAAAUCAAUAAAAAUGAUUCAUUUGAAAUGGAAUUAGAAAAGGAACCACGGGAAUCUAAAGACAUAUCAGUUUCUAUUCCAAGUGCUGAGGUAAUCAAAGAAGCUAUCGAUACAAACAUUGAAAUAGAGUGUUCAGAAAGCGGCAUACAGAAAAAACAUGUGCAAUCAAAUAAUGACGAGUAUAAUGAAUCUGUUGAAGAUAUACUUCUUGCAUCCAGUGAUGAUGAAUCAGUUGGAUAUGAUCAUCAAGAAAAUAUAAGAAAUAAAGAUAAUGUCGGUGAUGGAACAGAAAAUGUCGAAAAAAACGAAAUUGGCAAAAAUUUUGGAAGUAUUGAAAACACAGUAAAUUUGAAAGAUGAUAAUUUGUCAAUUGGGGAAACUGUUGUAGGAGAUGAAAAUUUAGAACAAAAUAUGUUGGAUUCUCCUUUGGGUGAAGUAUCGGAUAAAAGUACUAGUCUAAACAAGAAUAAAGAUAUUGUUAACGAGGCAUUAGAAGAUGUGUUAACUUUGGAUGCUGAUAGUCCAAUGCAAGCUGAUGGGAUUGUAGAUGAAAAAAACUGUGAUGAUAGAAAUACAAAUAAGGUAAUCUCCACAGAUAAUGAUGAUGGACACACAGUUAAGAUAAUCUCCGCAAUUGAUAAUCUGACUUCUUAUGAAGAAGUUAAUCAUGACUGUGUUAGUUUGGAUGAUGAUUCUUCCGCAGGCGAGAUUGCUAGAGAUUAUAUUGAUAAAGGCGAAAGUAAUUCAUUGAGUCAAGAUUUGGACACAUUGAGUGACAACCCUAAAGUCGAGGAAAAUAAUCAUGUUGAAGAGGUAAGUACAGUUAGUGAGAUGUCUUGUGAUGACAACGUUAAUGAUCCAAUUAGCGAAACGAUUGUUGAAAGUAUGGUUGUUGAAGAUGACCUAGAUUCGAAUUUAUAUAUUGAUUCAAGUAAAGCAGAUGGCACUUCGAAAGAUUCAAAAUUAACUGAAGGGACAAUUAGUACUGUAAAAACCACUAUGUAAGUGAUGGCAUUUCCAAAUAAGAUAAAACGCAAAAAGGAUCAGGUUUCCAAUGAAUGUUUGGUAAACUUAUCUCAGAUUAAUUUCCAGAUCUUGAAGUUUAGGACAAACAUUUCUAAUUUAAUCCAAAAAUUUAAAUUUUUAACUGAAAGUUUUAAAUUUGAGCUCGUAUUCACAGAACUUUGUGUCAGAGAAUUACACAAACUCUGUUUUCUUUACUUCAGAUGCUGGCAUCUGAUAUGACAUAUAAUCUUAUAUUUGGAAAACUUAUUUUCUUUUUAAGUGAAAGUCAUUGUUUUUAGUUCUCCACAGUUUGACGUUUUCUGGU